AUGCGUCCGCUGUUCCGCAUGUACAACUCCCGCCUCCCCACGAUCGUAGCAGAACCAUGCGCUAACCUGCCACCUCUUCAGGUCAUCCUCGCAUCCUCUGAUGCCGAGUUCCUCGAUCAGUUGAUACCCGUCCUCAAAGAUGCCACACACUCAAACCGAACACCUCUUUUGACUCAAUGCUUAAGCCGGUACUAUGAAGAGCGGGAAGCUGAAAUCGAGCGCAUCGGUCUGACCAGGCAUGAGGAGUUCCUUGACUCCAUCAAUCACCUUCAAACCGUCCGAGCGGAAACAGUGACCUUAACGCAAGAGAUCUUGAGUUUGAACGAGUCAAUCGCUGAAAGCACGAAGAAGCUGGCUAUACAAAAGGAAGCUCUGGUCAACACUUCAGCUGUGAGGCAAAACAUCGCCGAUGCGACCAACGCCUUGAACGACUCCCUUACCAUUCUCCGCGCCGUCAAUAAUGCCCACGAACUGGUUCGUCGCAAGAACUACUAUGCCGCCCUCAAAUCACUCGACGAUCUUCAAAAUGAACAUCUCGUACCCAUCAUCCAAAAUCGCUAUUCUACACAGCAUCGGCUGGCCGAUGUCAUCCAAAAAUCUAUACCCGCGUCCCAGAAAGCGAUAUCGGAAGCUGUUAUGACAGACUUAAAUACAUGGCUAUUUCGUAUUCGAGAGACAUCUCAAUUCUUGGGCGAGGUUGCAUUCUACCAUACUGAAAUGAGGAGGACUCGACAAAAGAAGAGAAUAGAAGAGGACCCAUUCUUGGCCAAUUUCAAGCUCAACUCGGCCAUUGAGCUUGUCAGCGAUGAAAACGAAGACUUCGAUGUGUUGAAUAACGAGGAGUUGCAAGUAGACUUCACUCCUUUGCUCGAAGCGCUUCAUAUCCAUGAGGCCCUAGGCCAGCUCGAGAAGUUCAGAUCAGAAUACGGUGCGACUCGACGUCAACAAAAGGACCUUUUACUUCCCGGGUUUGUUGAACUCUUGGCGGAAGACGAGCAAUCCUUGAGUAGUUUGCUGGAAGGAAUAGCAGGAUUCGCCAUCAUCGAAAAGGCGACCAUGCAAAGAGUUCCACAUUUGCGCUCAGCGAACGAUGUUGAGGAACUGUGGGAAUCCAUGUGCACUGCUGUGAUAAACCUCACCUCAAAAGCUUUAAGUGAUAUCGAGAAUGCUGAGGCCUUGAUUAAGAUCAAGACCAUCAUUGCUCUUUUCAUUCAAACGAUGGAGGGCUGGGGAUAUACAGUAACAAUGCUGGACAACUUCCUCCUGAAGCUGUUCGACAAGUAUGCCGAGCUAUUGAAGAAUCGUUUUAGCGUAGACUUCCAGGAGAUAGUGUCCACGGAUGACUACAUGCCAAUGGCCAUCAAUACACCAGAAGAGUACGAAAAAGUUGUCAAUGUCAGUUGGUUCACCCAAGAGAAACCAACAGAUCAACUCACGUACCCAUGCGUACUCCCCUUCUCACAGAUGUAUCCUUUAUGUUGUAUAGACAUCCGGAACUUCUUGAACCAGUUCUACUUCUUUUCGGACGACCACUUCCAGCAUCCCAAUGUCAUUGAUGAAACGCUCAAAAAGUCUCUUGACGAACUUCUUACAGAAAAGGUCUGCAAGUCGUUAGUAGAGCGUCUGAGCUCUCAAUACCUGGGCCAGAUCGUCCAAAUUCUCAUUAACCUGGAGCACUUUGAGAUUGCCUGUCAAGAGCUUGAGCAAUUACUCAUUCGUGCACGCUCAUCAACUUCAGCUGGCGGCCCAGUCAAGCUUAAAGCCACUGACUCGUUCCGCAACAACAAGAAGACCGCGGAGAAGCGAAUCUUUGAGCUUGUCAACUCCAAGAUCGAUGAUCUGAUUGAAACAGCCGAAUACGAAUGGACCGCAUCGACAGUGGAAAAGGAACCAAGCAACUAUAUGCAAACUUUGACGCGGUACCUGUCCAACAUUAUGAAUUCUACUCUUCUUGGUUUACCCCGAGAGAUCAAGGAGCUUAUUUACUUUGACGCUCUGAGUCACACAGCUGAAAAGAUUCUUGCCCUCCCCCUUUCUCCUGACGUGAAGCACAUCAACCCCAACGGCGUAGCCGCGCUUGCACAAGACGUAGAUUAUCUUGUCCAGUUUGUCAGCAGUCUAGAGAACGGUCAGAUGCUUCGAGAGAACUUGGAUGAGCUGGCACAGACCAUUGCUCUCCUCCAGACAGAUAACCAGGACGAGUUCUUUGACAUUUCUACGCGCAACAAGAAAUACGGACGUGUAGAUGCCCUCAACGGACCAAUGUUAUUGGAGAAGUUAACGCCCAUUACCGCGAGCCCCGUUAGAAGCGCGCCGCUGGCCAACUUUUCCUCACGAUUUGGUAUUAACCGAACAUGA